AAUUAAUUCAAUUUAUAUAGUUGAAUUCGCUAUUCCAGUAAAAAAAAUAGUUGAAUUCGCUAUUGAUUUGAAAGAUCCAAACCAAAAUCAAACCGGCAGUUCGUUUUGAUUUUUUACGAUUCAAUUUGAUUUGGUUAUAAUUCAAUUUAUUUUGAUUUGAACCCAGCGCAGAGGUUCCGGAAAAUAUAACGCAAAUCUGUUUGCGCCUUUUCGUUUAGAUGGAGAUACUCUGAAGGGUCCAACCCCCAAUAACAUACAAAUGGAAUCGGAUGAUAAUACUCCAUUAACCUUCCGUCUUCCCGGUCUGGGAGUGCGAAAAGCUAGUGCUGAAGGACCACCUGUAACAGCAACACCAAAGAAGAAACAGAAGAUGUUUGACAGUUAUCCUGAUCAUUCCACAGAGGAACCGACAGAGAAGAUCCGAGGAGAGCUAGACAGUGUGAAGAAAGAGAUAAAUCUCCUUUCACAGAAAAAAUCUGAGGCAAUAAAGUGUUUGCAAGAUGCCCAAACACUGAUCACUAUCUUACGCAGGGAUAAGGAAAACGCACUUAAGAGGGCUAAUCAGGCUGGACAUGCAAAAGUUAAGUUGCAGGAUGAAGUUACCAAUCUCAAGGCUGAUCUAGACAAGCUCAAGACUGAUUUGAUUGUUAAGGGGGUUGAGGUUGUAACUGCGGUUGAAUCUUUCAAGAACUCCAAAGAGUUUGCCGACAUUAAGCAGGAGUGGGAUGAUCUAUUAAGGAAUGAGCUAAAUGAAGCUCACAAGGAGAUGUGUAACCUUCGCAAGGAGAAGCAGGAUGCUAUCAACAAAGUUAGGAAAUUAGAAGACGAGGUGGUUAAGCUAAACAAAGAGAGACGGGAAGUUGAAGAUAAGAUGGUUGAGCUCCGCAAAGAAAAGCAAAAUGCAGUCAAUCGUACCAUCCAGCUGAAGCUGGAGGUGGCUAAGCUCCAUAAGGAAAAGCAAAAUGUGAAUGAUAAAUCGAGCCAAGUUGAGCAGCAGAUGGUUAAAUUCAAGGCUGACAUUAAGAAGCUUUUGCAACUAUGAUUUUAUUUCCGUAAUCAGCUUCUGAAGGUAAGUAGUUGCUAAAUUUUGUACUUCGUAAAACAUUAGUGGGUUAGCCUUUAGUUGUUGGGUUAUGAAGUGUCUCUGAUCUUUUGCCUAUAUCUAUGAAUUUAGUCAGGGGGUUAAUCAAUCUAGGAUUUAUUAGGUUUUCAAGACUUCUAAUGUUUGUAGAUAUUUCAUCAAGUAUGCAAGUACUGGUUCAAUGUUUGGUAGGUAUUCAAUCCUUACUUUUAAAGUCA